GGGACAGACUCGGGAAACUUCACCCAUUGCCCGCCAGGCAAGGGGGUCGCCGCCUGCUCGCCCUUCUCCCUGCUGUCGAUGGUCCUUCCAGCCCGGGCACCAUGAAGCCAGCCUACCUGUGGAUCCCUUUCGUGCUCCAGAGCUGCUUUCUCGUGAGAAGGCUCCUCGCCCAAGGGACAGACCUCUCCACGAAUGGCAUCGCUUUCAGAGAUUGCCCCGUGGAUUUGUUUUUUGUCCUGGAUACCUCUGAAAGUGUUGCCUUGAGGGAAAAGCCAUUCGGAGCCUUGGUCGACAAGAUCACAGCUUUCACCAACCUUUUCAUUGAUAGAUUAACUGAGAGAUAUUAUCGGUGUGACCGGAACUUGGUGUGGAAUGCUGGUGCCCUGCAUUACAGCGAUGUGGUGGAGGUGAUCAAGGGACUCACGCGUAUGCCUGACGGGCGGGAGGACUUGCAGAAGAGAGUAUCCUCCGUGGUUUCUAUCGGCAAAGGCACCUACACAGACUGCGCCAUCAAGAGAGGAAUUGAAGAGCUGCUCAUUGGGGGCUCUCAUCAGAAGGAAAAUAAAUAUCUGGUUGUGGUGACCGAUGGCCAUCCCUUGGACGGCUAUAAAGAACCCUGUGGAGGACUGGAAGAUGCUGUCAACGAAGCAAGGCAUCUGGGCAUCAAAGUGUUUUCCAUUGCCAUCUCUCCAAAUCAUCUGGAAUCCCGACUGAGUGUCAUCGCCACCGACCACACCUAUCGCCGCAACUUUACGGCAACCGCACCUCAGCAGGACCUUGUGAAAACAAUUGAUAUCAUCACUGAUAUGAUUACGGAGAAUGUGGAGCAUGCGUGCUGUUCCUACGAAUGCCAGCCCGCCCGAGGACCCCCAGGACCUGUUGGAGAUGCAGGAUAUGAGGGAGAAAGAGGGAAGCCUGGCCUGCCAGGUGAAAAAGGGGAUGCGGGAGAGCCUGGGAAGCAAGGUGAUCCUGGACCUGUUGGUUACCAAGGAAUGAAGGGAGAAAAAGGAACUCGAGGUGACAAGGGCUCCAGAGGUGCAAAAGGAUCCAAGGGGGAGAAAGGCAAGCGUGGCAUCGAUGGCAUUGAUGGCAAGAAGGGCGAAGCUGGAUUCCAUGGGUUACCUGGUUGCAAAGGAUCCCCGGGAUUUGAUGGCCUACGAGGACCUCCUGGACCCAAAGGUGACCCUGGUCCUUACGGGCCCAAAGGAGGACCAGGAGAUCCUGGGGUGGAUGGAAAAGCAGGCAGGCCUGGAAAUACUGGAGUCUCUGGAGAAAAGGGUCAGCCAGGAGGCCCUGGAGUCGCUGGAGAGAAAGGAGAGUUGGGAGAUGAGGGAAAUCCCGGCCCGGAUGGCCCCCCUGGAGAGAGGGGAGCCAAUGGAGAAAGGGGGCCACUAGGUAUCCCUGGAGUCCGUGGACCGAGAGGAGAAAAGGGUGAACCAGGACCACAAGGUGACCAAGGCCGUGAAGGACCAUUUGGACCACCUGGAGAAUCAGGUGAAACUGGACCACCUGGACCUAAGGGCUACAGAGGAGACGAAGGGUCUCCCGGACCAGAGGGCCCCAAAGGACCUAUUGGGCCACCUGGACUACCUGGAGAUGCCGGCUUGAUGGGUGAAAGGGGAGAAGACGGUGCCCCAGGCAAUGGCACAGAUGGAUUCCCCGGCUACCCAGGAUAUCCAGGCAACAGAGGCUCUCCUGGAGUUAAUGGUACCAAAGGCUAUCCCGGUCCAAAAGGCGACGAUGGAGAGAUUGGAGACCCAGGAGACGAAGAUGGCACAAGUACUGUCCAAGGCAUAAAAGGAGCCAAGGGGUACAGAGGUCCAGAAGGUCCACCGGGACCACCGGGACCUGCCGGCCCUCCAGGACCAGAUGAAUGUGAAAUUUUAGAUAUCAUCAUGAAAAUGUGUUCAUGCUGUGAAUGCAAGUGUGGCCCUGUCGACGUUCUCUUUGUUCUGGACAGUUCCGAGAGUAUUGGCCUGCAGAACUUCCAGAUUGCUAAGGAUUUCAUUAUAAAGGUCAUCGACAGGCUCAGUGGCGAUGAACACGUGAGGUUUGACCCCGGAGAGUCACGUGUCGGUGUUGUGCAGUACAGCCAUGACAAGACGCAGGAGCUGGUGGCCAUGGGAGACGCCAACAUCAACAGUAUCGGAGAACUUAAGGAGGCUGUAAAGAACUUGCACUGGAUCGCUGGUGGCACAUAUACAGGGGAGGCCCUGGAGUUCACCAAGGACCAGUUGCUGCGACGUUUUUCCUCUGAGAACCGAGUGGCCAUCGUUAUCACAGAUGGACGGUCUGACACCCUUCGAGACCCAGUACCACUGAACGCUCUUUGUGAAGUCAACACCCAGGUAUAUCCCUUGGGUAUUGGUGAUAUUUUCUACUCUCCUCCAAACCCUGAGCAAUUAUCAAGUAUUUCCUGUAAUGGGUUAUCUAUUCUGCGAGAAAACUAUGCAGAGCUUCUGGAUGACAGUUUCCUGCACAACAUUACCUCUUAUAUCUGCAAAGACAAGAAGUGCCCAGACUACACCUGCCCAAUCUCCUUUGAUGGCGCAGCCGACAUCACACUCCUAGUGGAUAGUUCUACCAGCGUCGGGAGCCGUAACUUCAACACCACCAAGAAAUUUGUGAAGCGCCUGGCUGAGCGGUUCCUGACAGCAGCCAAACCUGCGGAGGACACGGUGCGCGUUUCAGUUGUCCAGUACAGCGGCAAAGCUCAGCAGAAACUGGAGGCACAGUUCGAGCACAACUACACCGUGAUCGCUGAGGCCAUCGACAGCAUGCAAUUUAUGAACGACGCCACAGACGUGAAUGCCGCUCUCGGCUACGUCACCAACCUCUACCGGCAGUCUUCCCGCUCUGGGGCGAAGAAGAGGGUGUUGAUUUUCUCCGACGGCAACUCCCAAGGCAUCACCGGACGCGCCAUUGAGAGGGCAGUUCAGGAAGCUCAGCAGGCAGGCAUUGAGAUCUACGUACUGGUGGUUGGCACUCAAGCCAACGAGCCCAAUAUACGCGUCCUUGUGACUGGGAAGACCACUGAGUACGACGUGGCAUAUGGGGAAAGCCACCUUUUCCAAGUGCCUGAUUACAACUCGUUGCUGAGAGGCGUCUUCUAUCAAACUGUUUCCAGGAGAAUAGCUGUAAACUGAGUCAGUGGAAUGUAAAGAAGUAGGAUAUAUAGAUUCUAAGGGUUUUUUUAAAAAAAAAAAUUUAAAAGUUAGCACUCAACAGAACCCAUAUUUUUUAUAAAAAGCCUGCCCAUGCCUCUGCUUUUGAGCUGCACCACGCCCUUCCUUGUCCAUUUCAUUUUCCCAUGAAUUUUUAUACUCUACGAGGGGCGAAAUGCUGGUCCGCUUAUUCUUGCACCCUCUUUUCAACUGGGGUAAGCUCAGUUGAGAAAACUCAAGAAUCUUAAAAAUGCACUACCCUUUAUUCCUAAGAUGGAGAGCGCAUUUCACAUGGAUACUAGGACCCUCUUUGCAGAAUAAAAGAUCCUUUAUGUUACUGACACCAGUAACUUUUUUUUUUAAAGUUUGCUAUUAUUUUAUUUUAUUUUCAUAAUGAGAAAAUCUGUUGCCUGGGCUACCCAGCUCCAGAAAAUUUGCUUGGCCCCUUAAGGACAAGGAAGCGGUUCCUGGAAUACCUGCUGCUCUUCAGGGUAAGAGUAGCUGUGACUAAAAUCGUAUCCUUGUGUACACCCUCCAGUUCAAAGCAAGCUAUUUUAAAACCAUUUAACCAAACAGUUUCAAUACAAACCAAAGUUUAGUUCAGGGGUCCCCAACCUCUUUGAGCCUGUGGGCACUUUUAACAUUCUAGAACAGUGUGUUAGGCACAGCCACAGAACGGCUGCCACAAAAUGGCUGCUACGGGAGGCAGAGUCAGCCACAAGAUGGCUGCCCCAGCCUACCUCCAGUCACACAGUGAAGAUCCUUGUGCUGUGGUGACUACAGCAGUGCUUUGAAAAAUCUGCCAAUCAAAACUCCAGUGGCCAGUCAGAAGCUUCGCUGGGCAAAUGUCCCCUCUGGCCCCACCCUUUUUCUAAAAACACUUGACAGGCACCUGGAAAGGUUUUGUUAUUGAGCACGUAUUCUUCUUACAGCUGAUAUAUCAGAGGCCCUGAAAAGCAAUCUUCCUGUUAGCGUUAUCUGAAUUGUUUGAAAUAAAAUCUUAGGGGAGCCUGGGACUGGCUUCCGAGAGCCACAUCCUGUCCAAUGUGAGAGUCCCUGCUGGUGCUAACCCUCCCUCCCCAUAGCCUGAGGUUUACAUAAUAUGUUUGCACAGACAUUCCUGGGGGAAAAACAUGUCAGAAUUGGGGAACGGUUUGGACCAUCAAAUUCAGUGUUUCCAAUGGUGCUCUUGCUAUGAAAUCAAUGGACACAAUUUUCAGUAUGAUGGCUUUUGCUGUUUUGUAAUCAAGAUCCAUUUUACCACUUUAUUUUAUUUUCUGCCUGUGUGUGUGUUUUACUGUCCAAUGUUCAUGUCCAGGUUUCGAUCAAAUAAAUGGUUUUCCACAAUUUUUGGCGGGAGGGAAAAUCGACUUUGUCUCAGGGUAGCUAACAAGGAAAAAUGUUUCCCGACAGGUGGGAAGAACCAUUCGCUGGAAACGUGCCUUUUCACAACACCUAAGACACUACAGUAGUGUUAAUAAGACUUAAGGGGGGAGGGGUUCUCUCAAAGGGCAGUUCUUCAGGUUUACCUCAUGGCCUUACCAGGUGCAUGCUGGGAGUCUUGUGUCCAGAGCUUAUAACCAAAACCUUCAUUUUCAAGCAUACGAGGGCCUUGUCUGAAUUGGGAGGAUUAAGCCCUCCCACCAGUCCCCUGAUUUGAAAAAGUCACGAGGAGCUGCCACUAAUAAUCUGUUCUGGUAGGGUUGCCAACCUGCAGGUGGGGCCUGGAGAUCUGGAAUUACAAUUGAUCUCCAGACUAAAGAGAUCAGUUUCCCUGGAGGAACAUGGCUGUUGUGGAGAGUGGCCUCUAUAAUGUUCUACUUUGCUGAGAGCCCUCCCCAAGCCCCACCUUCUCCUGGUUCCACUCCCAAAACGUCAGGAAUUUCCCAACCCAGAGUUGGCAACCUUAUUUCUUCUGACCAAACCACAUGAAUAAAAAGAGCAUUUGCACAUUCAGUGGUUUUCCUAUGACGUUAUGAUACAUAACGUUUGAAACUGUUUGCUCUAGCCAUUCUUUUCAAUUUUUAAAGAAAGCAAAUUUUGUCUUCUGUAAAUUAAAGGAAGAAAUCCCAUUGA